AUGGAAAACACAGAUAGAGGAAAUAAAACAUCUAUAACAGAAUUCGUCCUCCUGGGAUUUGGAAAUUUCCCUGAACUGCAGAUUCUUUUCUUCCUGCUGUUCCUAGUCACCUACAUUGUAACAAUGACUGGGAACAUCCUCAUCUUGUCACUGGUUGUGGCUGAUCAGCACCUUCAGACACCCAUGUAUUUCUUCCUGGGGAACUUGUCCUGCUUGGAGGCCUUCUACACUUCUGCUAUCUUGCCCAGGAUGCUGGCCAGCUUUCUGACGGAGAACAGGACUGUUUCUGUUAGGGGCUGCAUUGUGCAAAUGUUUUUCUUUGCUUUUUUGGCAUCUACUGAAUGUUGCCUUCUGGCAGCGAUGUCUUAUGACCGGUACAUAGCAAUCUGCAAACCACUCUACUAUGUGGCCCUUAUGAAUGGAAGAAUAUGCUUACAUCUGGCAGCUGGCUCUUGGCUUACUGGGAUUCUAGCUACUACCGUCACAACAUGUUGGAUGUCACAACUGAUCUUCUGUGGUCAAAAUCAAAUCGACCAUUUUUUUUGUGAUUACACUGCAUUAGUCAAACUUUCCUGCAGUGACACCAGCCUGAUGAUUCUUGUGACCCAGGUGUUCACAGUCAUAUUGAUUCUACCCCCAUUUCUCUUGACCCUGAUGUCCUACAUGUGCAUCAUUGCCAACAUCCUGGGGAUUCCCUCCAUCAUUGGGAGGCAAAAAGCAUUUUCCACCUGUUCCUCUCACCUCAUUGUUGUAAUACUCUACUAUGGAACUAUAAUCAUUGUCUAUCUGCUACCAGACACCAACACACUGAGACCCUUAAACAAAGUGUUCUCUGUUUUCUACACAGUCUUGACUCCUCUGAUCAACCCUCUGAUCUACAGUUUGAGAAACAAAGAGGUCAAGGAGGCUCUGAGGAAAGCUCUCAAUAAGAUUCAGACUGUCAUUACAAACUGCUAA